AUGGAACCCAAGCUAACUGUCAACGGAUCUUAUGUUAUCAAUGGCAUACAUCCCUGCUAUGAAUCAGAUAACACAACUUUUGUAUUUACAAAUAAUUCUUCCAUAAUAUGUAUAUUGGUGUAUGUUUUCCUUGGCUCACUGUCUGUUGUCACAGUGUGUGGAAACUUUCUUGUAAUAAUCUCCAUCAUUUACUUCAAGCAGCUCCACGUCCCUACUAACUACCUCAUACUGUCUCUGGCUGUGGCUGACCUGCUCGUGGGAGUUUUAGUUUUUCCUUUCAGCAUGGCAUUCACUGUAACUGCAUGUCUAUAUCAUGACGAUUUAUUUUACAGAUAUUACGCAGUGUGUCAGCCUUUGACAUAUGCGACUAAGAUAAAUGUUAAUGUUACUGCGAUCAUGAUCCUGGUUAGUUGGGGUAUUUCUGUUCUAAUUGGAAUUGGCAUCAUAAUUGCAGGAUUCAGCCAAGGUACAUGUGAAGAUAUGUGCUCUGUGGAUGUUGUAAUGGCAAACACUAUGGGACCAGUUUUCUCAUUUUAUCUCCCUGCCAUCAUAAUGCUCUGUAUCUACCUGAAGAUUUUCCUUGUUGCUCAGAAACAGAUGAAGAGCAUCCAGAACACAACCUGUCAGGGCACAAUGUCUGGAGCAACUGUCAGUAAGAUGGAAAGGAAAGCCACCAAAACUCUGGCAAUAGUUAUGGGAGUUUUUCUCUUAUGUUUGACUCCUUAUUUUCUUUGUAUUGUUUUUCAGCCUUUAGCUUAUAAAACACCACCAGUUCCUGUGAUUGAAUCACUUAACUGGCUUACACUGUCAAAUUCACUGCUGAAUCCGUUUAUCUAUGCUUUCUUUUACAGCUGGUUCAGAUCAGCAUUCAGAAUGAUCAUUUCUGGAAAAAUAUUUCAAGGUGAUUUUGCUAACUCAAAAUUGUUUUGA